GGGGCAAGCUUGGACAAGAACUUGAAGGUCUUGGAGUAAAAACGGUUGGAGAUCUCUUGCAGUUUUCCGAAGUGAAAUUGCAGGAUAUGUAUGGCCCAAACACCGGCAGCAGCAUUAGGGUUCCAGCAGCAUCAGCAGCAUCAGCAAGUGCAGGAGUACGCGGCUCUGCUGCAGUCGUGCGUUGAUGGGGGCAACCUCCUCCACCGGAGCAUUGUCGCCAAGGAUCUGGAGCAGCACGUCUCUCUCUGGAAUUGCCUGGUAAACAUGUACGUCCGGUGUGGGGAUGUGCAGGUGGCGCACGCUGUGUUCGACAGGAUGCAGAAGAGGAAUAUGGUGUCUUGGGCUGCCAUGAUCGCAGCAAAUGCCCAGCACGGGCAUUGGGUUCAGGCAUUCCGACUGUUCCGGAUGCGGGGCCCAACAGCCACACAUUUGUGGCGCUGCUCAGCGCUGCUGUCUCCAAAACAGCAAAUGGAUCGAGUCGCUCAUCCGUGAGAAAGAAGCUGGCAUGGAAGAAGCCGGAGUCAGAGAAGAACCAACAUCAACAACAACAACAACGGUGGUCGCAAGUGCCCUCAUCAACAUGUACACCAAGUGUGGCAGCCUGGAGAAUGCAGUUGCUGUGUUUCAAGGGAUGGCUUGCCAACAAAAGGAUAUUGUGUC